AUGAACGACUUCGCCACUUUAGAGAAAACUAUAGUGCGUGAACUGUCGUGUCGUUUAUGUCUAUGUACGGAUGUUUCAAAAUUAAAACCUUUAAAUGCUGAAGUGAAACGUAAAAUCAAAAGACUAUUUGAUGUAAAUAUUCGAACAGACGACAACCUUCCAAAGGCAAUAUGUCACGAAUGCUUACAACAAGUAGCCGCCUUACAUCUUUACGCGGUAAAAGUGGAAAAGACACAAAAAUUUUUGGAUUUUCAUAAAAUGAAAACAAGUAACAAGCGUGAGGAACAAAACAUAACUGAAAACAAAUUGCAACCGAUAAUUGAUGCUCUAUCAAAGCAAAAAAUACCAUCAACUGCAAAUAACGUCACAAAGCAGGACGGUAUACCCAAAACGCCACCAACAGAAUUUCAACAAGGAGAUGCUAGACCACCAAAACGGCAAAAGAAGAAAUCACCAUCCGAUAUGAAAUUUUUAGAGGUAAUGCCAAUGGAAGAGUUCGCUGUAACGGAACGUGUGGAUAAAUCCUUACUCAACAGUGGCACCUCUACACAUAAACCCCCACAAAACUUGAAAGAUGUAGCAAAACCAGAACCGGAAGAUUAUACGAAUGACGUUUUGGAUCCAAUAGUUUUGAUAGACGGAAGACCAGCCAAGCAAGGAGCAGCGCUGGACAGGCAAAUUACUCUCUUCUACAAAAUGGAGUGUUGCAUCUGCCACGAAAACGGCUUUCAUUUCAAGUCACUCAUGAAACAUUAUAAAGAAAGACAUGGAGUGCCGGGAUAUGUUAGCUGUUGUGAUAAGAAGUUUCACUACUUCUAUCCCAAAAAGAUUAUCGAGCAUAUGGCUUACCAUUUACAACCGAAUAUAUUUAUGUGUUCGAGCUGUCAUCAAAAUUUCCAAACAUCCCAGCAAUUAAUUGAGCAUCAAUCUAAUGGUGGCAGGUCGGAAGGCAAGAUCGUGUGUCCAAGAUGUUCCGAACGAUACCCAACUUAUCAGGAACUAGGGUGGCACAUUUUAACACACCGGAAAGAUAAACUCCAAUGCGAUUAUUGUGGGAAAUUAUUGAAACAUCACCAUAGAAAGAAAACUAUCAAUCAUAUGGAAGAUGUCAUUCUGUGUUCACAAUGCAUACGGUCCUUAAAGAGCAUAGAAAAGCAGGAAAAAGAAAUUAAGGAAAAAGUGAAAGCAAAAAGUAGCGAUGCUUUGACUCUACAAAAGUAUCAGAAAUUCCGUCAAGCAAUGGGAUUAUCUGCCGAUGAAGAUGCCUCAACAGAUUAA